AAAAGUUACAUUACACGAGCAACGGAGCUAUGGAGGUGAUACUCAUAAAAAUAAUACUGUAUAAAAUAAAAUGGAGCUCUGCAAUUUUCACAAUUUCACUCUUCUCCUCAGUUCUCUCUCUCAUCAGUUCCAAAUUUCAGAUUCGAUUCCUAUCUCUCCAAUUCAACUCAUUUUCAGAUGGAAACAGACUCAUUAUCUUUCCCAAGUUCUUAUUCUACUACUGCUCGGAGGAAGAAGUAUGAUGUCUUCCUCAGUUUCAGAGGCGAGGACACCCGCAACAAUUUUAUGGGUCAUCUCUAUGAAGCAUUGAUACAGAAAGGCAUUGUCACCUUUAAAGACGAUGAAAAACUCGAGAGAGGAAAACCCAUUUCGCCAGAGCUGUCGAAAGCGAUAGAAGAAUCAGAAUUUGCUAUAGUUAUUCUCUCAGAAAACUAUGCUUCUUCAACUUGGUGCUUAGAUGAACUUGCAAAGAUCAUUCACUGCAAAAACGAGAUGGGAAUAACAGUUUUGCCUGUCUUUCACUAUGUAGACCCAUCUGAUGUACGGAAACAAUGGGGAACUUUUGCUCAGGCAUUUGCUAAACAUGAAGAAAAAGAGAACAAAGAAAGGGUGGAAAAGUGGAGAGAUGCUUUGAGACAAGUAGCCAACCUUCGCGGAUGGCAUUUAGAGGAUACAUGGCCUGAGAUAGAAGACAUCAAAGACAUAGUGGAAUGGAUAUCACUUAAUUUGAAAUAUGAUGCGUUCCCAUAUAUUGCCAAGAAACUAGUAGGAAUAUACCCUCGAGUGAUGAAAUUGAAGUCAUGUUUAGCUCUAGGAUCAUAUGAUGUUCGCUUUAUAGGAAUUUGGGCAAUGGGGGGAAUGGGCAAGACAACUCUUGCUAGAGUUGUUUAUAAUAUGAUUUCUAAAAAAUUUGAAGAUUGUGUUUUUAUUGAGGAUGUCAGGGAAAAGAUUGAAAAAUAUGGUGUUGUUCCACUGCAAGAGAAAAUUAUUAAAGUUUUGAAGGAAAAGGAUACGAAAAUACAAGAGAAGUAUGAUGGAGUUUGCAAGAUCUACAAUAGGUUAUGUAAGAAAAAGAUUCUUCUUGUUCUUGAUGACGUCGAUAAACUGAAACAUUUAGAAAUGUUAGCUGGGGAGCAUGAUUGGUUUGGUUCCGGCAGUAGAAUUAUCAUAACAACAAGAGAUAAGCAUGUGCUGGAGGCACAUGGAGUAGAUGAAAUAUAUGAAGUUAAAGGAUUAUGUCAUGAAGAUUCUCUUCAACUAUUUUCCUUAAAAGCCUUUAAAGAAAAGCAUGUCCCAAAUGAUUAUUUAAAGCUAUCUAACCAUUUUUUGAGUUAUGCUGCUAACCUUCCUUUAGCUCUUGAGGUUUUGGGUUCCUUUUUGAUUGGAAGAAGUCUUGACGAAUGGAAUAGUGUGCUAAAGAGACUUAAACAAUAUCCUGAGGAAGAUAUUUUCCAAGUACUUAAAAUAAGUUUUGAUGGGCUGCAGAAACCACAGAAGGAAAUAUUCUUGCAUAUUGCGUGCUUUUUUAAUCAUCAUAAAAAAGAUUAUGUAGUAGAAAAACUAAACAUUCUUGGCCUUUACCCUGGUAUAGGAUUGAAGGAACUCAUUGAUAAAUCUCUCUUGAAAAUUAUUAAUGAGGAUAUAGUGUGGAUGCAUGAUUUACUUGAAGAAAUGGGUAGGAGCAUAGUUUCUCAAGAGUACCCUGAUGAUCCUGGGAAGCGUAGUAGAUUGUGGUGUUAUGAGGACAUUGACAAAGUGUUAAGAAAAAAUAAGGGAACAGAAGCUAUUCAAGCCAUGGUUAUUUGGGAUACUUAUGACAAAGCACAAAUGGCACAUUGGAAACCUGAGGCCUUUUCCAAUAUGUACAAUCUUAAAUUUCUUAGAAUGAAUGACGUUGCCUAUGUCCCCACACAUCUUCCUGAUGAUUUAAGAAUUCUUGAUUGGAUUUCGUAUUCUUCAAAAUCUUUGCCAUCAAGUUUCCAGUCAGAUGAGCUUGUUCAACUUUGUUUGCAAAAGAGCAGAAUUGAACAACUUUGGAUAGGAAUAAAGAAAUUUGAGAAGUUGAAGUUCAUUGACUUGACUGCCUCCUCAUACUUGAUUAUAACUCCAGACUUCACUGAAGUGCCAAAUCUUGAGAAAUUAGUUCUCGAAAGGUGUAUAAAUUUACACAAGUUUCACCCAUCCAUAAGAAUUCUUAAGAAACUUAUUCAUCUUAAUUUAAAAGGUUGCGAAAGACUAAAUCCUCCUUCAUGCACGUUUGAAAGUGAGUGUCUUGUGGCUCUUGAACUUUCUAAUUGCUCAAACCUCAAGAAAUCUCCAAUAUUUGUGGGAAACAUGGAAUUCUUACAGAAACCUUUUUUGGAUCGCACUGCUGUUGUGGAACUAAUUAGAAACUUUCCACAGAACCUAAGGAUAGUCAAUGGCCUAGAGAAUCUUGAUUUGAGUUAUACAGCUAUAGAGGAGCUGCCUUCAUCAAUUGUACAUUUGAGAGAACUUACUUCAUUGACUCUAAGAUAUUGCAUAAAUCUUGUGCACCUUUCUAGCACCAUUUGUAGUUUGAAGUUGCUUAAUUCUCUUGAUCUUUUUGGAUGCUUAAAAUUAGACAACUUGCCAGAAGAAAUAGGAAAUAUGCAACUUUUGGAGCUGCUUAAUUUGAGUUGGACAGCCAUAAAAGAGGUUCCUUCUUCCAUUGUUCGCCUUAAAAAUCUCAAACAGCUGCAUAUUCGUGGAUGGAAGUUAUCUGAAUUUUAUGCUCGGCCAGCAAGUCCUGAGUGGAAUGACCCUUUACAAACUGCAUUAUUUUCCCUGCCAACAAGUCCUGCUCCAUGGAACAUAUUAUUGCCUUCAUUUUUAUAUUAUUCCCUGCCAACAAGACCUGUUCCGCUGGGCUUGUUAUUGCCUUCCUUAUCAGGUCUGCAGUCUUUAACAUAUUUGCAUCUUAGUGACUGCGAUCUUUUGUCAAUCCCCAAUGAUUUUGGCUGCUUGUCCUCUUUAGCACACUUAAAUCUAAGUGGAAAUAAUUUUGUUUCCCUUCCUAAAAGUAUCUCUCAACUCUCUAAACUUCAAACACUUCUUUUGGAGGGCUGCAGGAGGCUUCAAUCAUUGGAAAGUGUUCCACCAACUAUUGAUUCUGUGAUUGCAAACAAUUGUACCUCACUGGAGAGAUUUCUAGAACUGCAAUUUCAUCUUCUUACAUCCAAUCACUCCCAUUUGAAUUUCCAGUGUCUAAACUGCUUCAAAUUGGUUGAUAAUAUUCAAAGCAUCAGUAACAUGAUUCAGGGACAAAGUGUUAAACUACCAUGCAUCUUAGACAUUAUUAUCCCUGGAGGAGAAAUCCCGAAAGGGUUUAGCCCUGUAGGUUGGUGUGAUAACAUACAAGUGCCUAAUUGUGAGUAUCAAUACCUGAUGGGAAUUACGUUGUGCAUUGUUUUUGUGCUCAACCCGUGGCGUCCUUUCUCUAGAGAUUUUCAACUUACAUGUUUGUUUGAAGUCAAUGGAUUUGCCAUGAGAUAUCCAGUACGCUCUUUUUUUAAGUUAAACUAUGCUAUGGCUGAAUCACCUCACCUUUGGCUGCUCUAUUUGCCCCCUCAGUGUGGUGAAUUUUCAAUUAAAAUAAUUUCCGAUAACAUAAAGGUGAUGAAAAAAGGGUUUAAUUUGGUAUACAAGCAGCAUGCUCUGUGAGGAUCUGGGUGUAAAUAUGUAAUCCAACAUGAUAUUGAUGAUUCAGCCUCGGAAGGUACCCGAAAUAAGUGAAGUGAUGAUGAGGAUGAUGGGGCUGGAUCUAGUGGAGGAGGCUACUCUAAUGAGGAACUGCAUACGGUGACUUGGAGAUUUAUGGCUCAUUCUGAAAAAUAUAGUAAAAUGGGAAUUUUUCGACUUCUUUGCCUAGUAUUUUAAUUUAAUGGAAGGAGGGGAUCAAACGCCCAAGAAGCAUGUAGCCUAUUGUGGCGAUAAAAGGGAUAUUUACCAGAACCACAUUGAAGAAUUACCCAAGUAUGGUCCCUUGUCUCACGUCCACCUGGGCUCUUGCUAAAGUGGUCAAGGACUCAAAAUGUGCAGCAGCUACAGCACGUUCUAUGAGGAUCUGGGUGUAAUUCAUCAUGAUAUUGACGUUUCAGUUGCCGAAGGUAGCAUAGAUAAGCAGUGACGGGGCUGGACCUAGUGGAGAAGGCUACUCUAAUGAGGGACCAGAUCCUAAGACUUGAAGGAUGUGUGGCUGAUUCUUUCGGGAAUUUUUUGACUUCUUUGCCUUUUUUUCAUCAGGUUUGAAUAGUUCAAAAUUUUCUUGAAGCCUAUGGUGGCUUAAGAGGGAUGGUUGCCAAAGUGACGUUGAAGAAUUAGCCAAGGAGGGUCCCUCCUCUCUCACCCACCUGGGCUUUGGUUAAAGUGGUCAAGAACCAGCUUAGGAGGGUUCCUUUUUGCUGUAUGUGUGUGGCUUUGUUCAAUUGGUUUUAUAGAGUUUAGGCACUGGCACCAGUGAAGAGAUAUUAAAGAUUCUCUUGUCCCGUGCUAUUGUGCCAUUUUGUAAUCUCCAAUUUUCUUAGUGAAUUUUUCUGUUAGACACUGUCUGUGGAUGUAGGCCUAAAGCUGAACCACAUAAA